AUGAAGACAGAAUGCUUCAAUCAAGUCAUGUAAAAUUGUUGUUGGACUUAAUUGCAGCCUUGACUCUGACGCAGUCAGAUUUUUUCUUCAUCAGUCUAAUCCACAUUUUUUACCCAACAGACUGGACUGAUGGUGGCGUGCUAUAAUGGUUUUUUGGACAUUGUGCAAUCUCUUUACCACUGUCCUUACUUGGACAUAAAUCACCAGGACAACGAUGGCAACACAGCACUGAUGAUCGCUGCACAAGCAGGUCACACCAUUACAGUGACCUACAUCCUCAACUACUACCCCGGGGCAGACACAGAGAUCCGGGACUGCCGUGGCUUCACUGCACUCAUCAAAGCUGCCAUGCAGGGCCGAGAUGAUGUGGUGUCUUCCCUCGUCAUGGCCGGUGCAGACCUAAAUGCAAUAGACACCAGGAAGCAGAAGUGUGCGCAGGACUGGGCCCUAAAGACGGGCCGCUACGAGACGCUGAACCGCCUCCGCCGCCUCAACCUGCGGCCUAGAGCCGAGCAGUUUACUGAGAGCUACGUCCCCGAGUGGCCAGAACUGAAAGUGCUGGUUGCCAAAGCCACAGCCAACAAGAGCGCCGGCCAGAUGAUCACCCAGCGCAUCAAGUCCAUCUUCAGCUUCAACUUUCCCCAAGACCCCCAGGACAACGGGGUCUUGGACCAUAUGGUGCGUAUCACCACCAGCCUUCACAGCCCUUUGGUGGCCACCGCCUGCCGGCCGCUAUGCCCCACCAGCCCCCCUGAGGUGGGGAAGAGGCGCUUGGCCGUGCCUGAGCUGAUGAAGAAGCACUCAGAGAAGAAGCUGGAGGAGAGGUCUGUGUGCCACAGCAACGGCUCCGUCUCCUCCAUCAUUCCACACAUCCACUCGGCCGAGACCAUCGCCACGUCCUGCUGUGUGGACACAGAGCGCAGGGGCAGUAUUAUCUUUAUAGUCUCCACCGGGGUGCGCACCUUCAUGCCCCGGAACAUGGCCCACAGGAACAGUGUGUUCCCUUACGGCUGCAUCCCCAAGAUCCAGAUAGUGAAGUCUGGAGAGCCCACGCCUAAGAAGGAAAAAAAGAAGAAGAGGCACAAGGGUCACCUGGAGCUGCCCAUAUGGAAGUACAAAGCAGAGAAGCAAGAGAAGAAGAAGGAGAAGAAGAAGGCAGAGAAAGAAAAAGAGAAGGCCAAGAAGGAAAAGGAAAAUAAAAAAAAGAAAGAGAAGUAGUGAGAUGUCUAAAGCUGCCAAUUUAUUUCGAUGCCACACAUUUCCAAUAACUUCCAAUAUAUUUUUCCUGGAGUUAUACUCCAAACAUCUGAAUUAUGAAGUACUGCUCAAAUUACUCAAAGGUCUGGACUCGGUUUUACGGCCAAUGCAGUAAAAUGGAUUCUUUAAAGGUCAUCAUAUUCAUAAUGCUUUGUAAAUAUUUUUCUUUUUUAAUUUUACAGGACUAGUAAAGGCCUAGUGCACUACAUUUGUGAAAUUUUUAUAACUAAAUGUAUUCAAGUGUUUACCAGCAUUUGCAACUUGAGUCUGAUAAUUAUCUGCAUAAAACAGUUAAUCUGAUAAUACUUCUGGAAUAUACAGGAAAGUAUUCAGAAUAAUACUUCUGGAAUAUACAGGAAAGCAUUCAGACGUCUUGACUUUUUGACAUUUUGUUAUGUUACAGC